AAUGCUCAUACCAAAAAGCCACCACCCAUUAAUUGCUGAACAAAAAGUGUAGCUGUAUAGAUCAUCUUCUUCUCCCCGCAACCAUCUCUCAGAAUUCACAGAUUCAAACUCUCUGUCAGAAAUGGAAAACAACACCAACAUAAAUUUAACUCCUUUUUAAGCAGUUUCUGAUGCCAAAAGAUUCCAACUUUGAACACGCUCGUUCUGCAUGGGAAUUUCAAAUUUCCGUUCUUUGUAACCAACCGUCGGUCAAAUUCACAGAGUCUUCGUUUCCGCACUCACGUCUGUGAUUCCUCGUCGUCCUACAUAAACACGAGUAGAAAUCUCUUCUGGGUCGUGUGCAAUAUCGGGGAGCUAUGCCAUACGAAACUGAAAAAACGAAGAGUUCAGCGGCAGCGGCGGCGGCAGGGCAUGGUAUGAUGGAGAUAGAAGCGGGAAAGCCCUCAGGAAACGGGGUUGUGGCCGGAGGGCUGAGCCAUCUGAGUGAGACUCUGUGGAGGGAGAAGACAAGUUUGGAGAUUGUGGGAGAUGUGUCUGCAAGGCUGACGUGGAAGGAUCUGACGGUGAUGGUGACUCUGAACAACGGCGAGACGCAGAAGGUGUUGGAGGGUUUGACUGGUUACGCUGAGCCUGGAACUUUCACGGCUCUCAUGGGGCCUUCUGGUUCUGGGAAGUCUACUUUGCUUGAUGCUCUGUCGAGUCGGUUGGCCGCCAAUGCUUUUCUUUCUGGUACUAUUCUGCUCAAUGGCCGCAAACGGAAGCUCUCUUUUGGCACUGCUGCCUAUGUGACCCAAGAUGACAAUUUGAUUGGAACUUUAACGGUGCGAGAGACGAUUUCUUAUUCGGCAAGGCUAAGGCUGCCGGAUAAGAUGGCUUGGUCGGAAAAGCGGGCACUGGUUGAGAGUACAAUCAUAGAGAUGGGUCUGCAGGAUUGCGCCGACACAGUUAUUGGAAAUUGGCAUUUGCGUGGGAUCAGUGGGGGAGAGAAGAGAAGGGUCAGCAUUGCUCUUGAAAUCUUGACGAGGCCUAGAUUGCUCUUCCUGGAUGAGCCAACAAGCGGACUUGAUAGUGCUUCGGCGUUUUUCGUGACUCAGACAUUGCGUGCCCUGGCACGAGACGGAAGGACUGUCAUAGCCUCAAUUCACCAGCCCAGUAGUGAAGUCUUUGAACUGUUUGAUCAACUGUACUUGCUUUCUAGUGGCAAAACAGUCUAUUUUGGUCAGGCGGCAGACGCAUAUGGGUUCUUUGCACAAGCCGGCUUUCCGUGCCCUGCUUUGAGGAACCCAUCUGAUCAUUUUCUUAGAUGCAUAAACUCCGACUUCGACAAAGUAAAGGCCACACUGAAAGGGUCCAUGGAACUCAGGUUUGAGGCAAGUGAUGACCCGUUGGAGAAGAUUACCACUGCUGAAGCUAUAAGAGUUCUUAUUGACUCCUAUCGUUCUUCUCAAUACUCGUACGCAGCUAGAGAAAAAGUUGAGGAGAUAUCGAAAGUUAAAGGAACCGUGCUAGAUUCUGGAGGAAGUCAGGCUAGUUUCUUUAUGCAGGCCUUCCAAUUGUCCAAGCGUUCGUUUAUCAAUAUGUCGAGGGACUUUGGAUACUACUGGCUCAGGCUCGUCAUUUACAUUGUCGUCACAGUUUGUAUCGGAACCAUUUAUUUGAAUGUGGGAACGGGUUACAGUUCGAUUCUGGCACGGGGUUCGUGUGCAUCAUUCGUCUUUGGUUUUGUCACGUUCAUGUCAAUUGGCGGGUUUCCUUCCUUCGUAGAGGAUAUGAAGGUUUUCCAAAGAGAGAGGCUGAAUGGCCACUACGGCGUUACUGCAUUUGUCAUCAGCAACACGCUCUCUGCAAUGCCAUUCCUGAUACUGAUUACCUUUCUCGCCGGAACUGUUUGUUACUUCAUGGUCCGGCUCCACCCGGGCUUUGAGCAUUAUCUCUUCUUUGUGUUGUGCCUUUAUGCAAGUGUCACCGUCGUUGAGAGCUUGAUGAUGGCGAUAGCCAGCAUCGUCCCCAACUUCCUCAUGGGCAUUAUCAUAGGGGCUGGAAUUCAGGGUAUCUUCAUGCUAGUCUCCGGGUACUUCAGGCUCCCGAAUGACAUCCCAAAACCCGUCUGGCGUUACCCUAUGUCAUACAUCAGCUUCCACUUCUGGGCUUUACAGGGACAAUACCAGAAUGACCUGAGCGGCUUAUUGUUCGACAACCAGACACCGGACCUUCCUAAGAUUCCCGGCGAGUACAUCCUGGAAAAUGUGUUCCAGAUUAACACAGCCAGAUCGAAAUGGAUAGACCUGAGUGUGAUCUUGAGCAUGAUUGUCGUGUACCGGAUCAUCUUCUUCAUCAUGAUCAAGUUCAGCGAGGAUGUGACGCCGUGGAUUCGAGGUUACAUGGCGAGGCGAAGAAUACAACAGAAGAAUGGAAACCAGAACACAACAGUUGCUCCCGAUGGCCUCACACAGUCACCUUCUUUGAGGAACCAUGCAAGAAGGUAGACUGAAACCUCUGAAUACAAAUUCCACAAAAUUAAAAUACACUUGAGGGACUUCGAAUUUAGAAAUUGUAGUGUAUGUUUUGAUGCUUGAUUUCUAAAUAUUAUGAGUUUUUAAGCGGA